CAGAAGAGACGAGAGCAUCAUGUAUUGUAACCAUCUGUCGAAAUCCUGAAUAGCCAUCUGUAGGGGAUAGAUAUAAAGGUUCCCACGCUCCGAAACCAAACCGUGGGCUACACCGAAAUCGCAGCGACAAGCUGGUUCAUUCAGGUUGCAAUGCACAUUCCUGUGGCCGUCGACUUGGAAUUUCAAAACGCCCAGUUGUUAUGUUUGCCGCAGCCACAAUUCAAGUUGACACUUGCACUUGGCCCCGAUUCUUACUCGCGAGUCGUGACCGUUAGACAUGUCGCUUAAUCUGGCGGGGCUCUUGGCACUCGUCACUUCCCGCACCCGCAAUACCUCCCGCAACCCCACCAGCACCCGCACCAGCUCCCCUCUACCGCACAUUACCACUCCCAAGCAAGCAGCAAGCAACCAUGGCGCCCCCCCUCCCGCCAGCUCUAUUACCCAUCCCCGUCUCAACCACGACCUUCACAACCCCCCAAAAACGCAUCCACACGCACUCCGACCUGUCGCUAUUCCACAGCUCACCAGCGUACACCCUCCUGACCUCCUUCAUCGUACACCUAAACUCCUGCAUCUCUCCCCUGGACGGCGCCAGCGGCACCGUAUCCCCCCCAGCCGAGUUCACGACCGACAGCGCGUCCACGCACGUAUCCCCGGCAGUCGCGGGCGUAACCCAGCUCGUCGCCGACCUCACAGCGCUGAUCUCCUCCGCGCCGCCGGAGACGGGCCCGCGCCGCUUCGGCAACGUCGCGAUCCGGAGAUGGCUGCAGCUCGCACAGGAGCAUGUCAGCCGCGAGGGGGGCGUGGACAAGUACCUCCCCGCGUGUGUCCUGCCCGCCAAGGAGGAGCUGCUGUUCUACCUCGUCAACUCGUUUGGGUCCGGCGAGCGCCUGGAUUACGGCACCGGGCAUGAGCUGGCGUUCGCGGCGUUUCUGUGCGGGAUCUGGGUUUGCGGCGGGUUUGAACCGGUGAGGGAUGAGAGGGCGCUCGUGUUCAGGACGUUCGAUGCGUACUUUAAGCUUGUCCGGAAGCUGGUGGUUACGUAUAACCUUGAGCCGGCUGGGAGUCAUGGCGUCUGGGGACUGGAUGAUCAUGCGUUUCUGCCGUAUAUCUUUGGCAGUGCGCAGUUGACGACGUUCCGUCCCACGAAUGAUGCCCAGGGCGUCGAGAGGAGUGCCAGGCCUGAGGAGAUGCAGCUGCCGAAGCCGGCGGAUGUGGUCAAGUUGGAGGUUGUCAAGAGGGAGAGGAGCCGGAAUCUCUAUUUUGACGCCGUCGGGUUUAUCUACGAUGUGAAGACGGGUCCGUUUUGGGAACACUCGCCGACUCUGUACGAUAUCUCGGGGGUGCAGAAGGGGUGGGGGAAGAUUAACGAGGGGAUGUUGAAGAUGUACGACGUCGAAGUCCUCGGGAAGCUCCCCGUCGUCCAGCACUUUAAGUUUGGGAGCAUAUUCCGCUGGCUGGGAGCUCCCGACCCCGCGAAGCCGGAAGAAGCACCGAAAGCCGAUGUUACACUACCAGCCGGAAUGGAAACAACUCGAGCACCGUGGGCUACGACAUCAGCAUCUCACCCUCCUCCACUAGGCGGUAUGGAAACCACUCGAGCACCAUGGGCCACCGGCACGCCCAGCACCAUCACCGCACCACUCCCCAUCACCACCCACGCUCCAUGGGCCGCGCCGCAGCCCCCACCAUAUCCCACCUCCGCAGGAAUAGGCUCAUCGCACCCGCCUCCACCCGGGCAGCUCGACGGCGCCGACACAAAAGCGCCGUGGGCCGCCACGGCCACGUCACCACAAACCUCGUCCCCCAUCUCCCCACGGCGAGCCUCGCUAGUCGCAGCACCAUUCGAUGCGCGCCCGCCCUGGGAAGCCUCGAAGGAAAAGCAGCAGGAGGUGCAGGAGACCAGCGGGGUAAAUGUACGCACCGAGGCACGGCUGGGUCCAAAGAGAACCAGCUCCCCGGAUGUUGCGUUGGCCAGGGCGGCGGCGGCGGAUGGCGAGAGGAGGGGGAGUGCAGGUGUUGGCGGGGUUAGGGUUGCGGAGACGGGUGAUCUGAGCGGACGUAGGCCGUCGAGGACGGGUUGAUUCUUGUCCGUAGAUACCGUACUUGCUUCCAAUGUCACGGGAUUUUCUACCAUACCGAAGUGCAUACAUAUGACGGCGGGAAGCAAGUACU